AUGUAAUGGAUUUUAUGAAGCGCGGAAGUAUAGUUGCCCCUUUAGCUUGCCGCCACUUCAACCAAAUUUCAGCACCACUGAGCCAAGUUAUUGAAUUGAGAAGACAAAAAUAUGUCUCGAAUAGGGGCAAGUUGACAAACCUAGGAGAUGAGUUGAGUCGAGUGUCGAGGCCGCGCCGAUUCAAGAUGCCGCCUCUGCCCUCUGUGCAGGAUCUGCUGAGGAUCUACAGACUGAAGACUGUGAGACACCUGGCACAGGUGUUCCUGCUGAGGGAAGAUAUUGCCAGACACAUCGCCAGGAGUCUGGGAUCUCUCACUGAUUAUACUGUAUACGAAAUUGGCCCAGGCCCUGGAAUAAUAACACGCGAAAUCUUGAAGCAGUUUCCUCAAAAAAUUGUUACGAUUGAAAAGGACUUCAGGUUUCGUCCGAUUAUCACCAUGCUUCAAACAGCUGCUGAAGAAAUGAACUCAAGUUUAGAAUUAUUAACUGAAGACUGCCUAGAACAUGACUUCACUGAAAGUUCUAGAAGUUUUCAGGGUUCGCAACAGUGGUCCGAUGAACCUCCUAAUUUGGCCAUAAUUGGAAAUCUCCCUUUCAAUAUUUCUCUCCCUUUCUUGGUGAAACUUUUACAUGAUGUUGAUAAAAAGAGCGGAUUGUUUCAACACGGAAGGACAAAAAUGGCGUUCACCUUUCAAAGAGAAGUAGCUGAACAGCUCGUGGCGAAUGAAGGGGACGACAAAAGAGGUCGGUUGUCGUUAAUGGCUCAAAGUAUGUGCCACGUAGAUUUUGUUCUGACAAUUUCUAACUCCGUAUUUGUACCGAAACCGGCAUGCGAAACAGGUUUGGUCACUUUCGAACCGCGCGUGAACAAAUUAAUAGACGUUCCCUUACCUUAUUUCGAAAAACUAGUCAAAGCUGUUAUGCAUUACAAAAAUAAACCCUGUUUCAAAGGUUUGAUGGACUUAUUCCCAAAGACAAUUUCAAAGAAAUGUGCGAUUAGAAUGUGUGAAGAUGCUGAUAUCCCUCGAGAUUUGUAUCCUAGAUUUUUGACAUUUGACCACAUGCAAAGACUUGCUGAUGUUUAUUUCAAGAUGUGCAAAGAACAUGACAACCUAUUUGAAUAUAAUUAUCAAAAACCAAGAGUGAAUGUUCCUCAGAGCUUGUUGGAUUUGUUUGAUGAAUUUGAAACGAACUCAGAAACUGGCUUUGCUUUUGAAGAUGAAAGCGAAAACUUGCAGAAUGCUUAAAAAUUUUAUUUUACAUGAUAAAAAAUGAUUAAAUUUAUUGAAGAAACAACUUUCAGACAUCAGCUAGGAUUCGUGUCAGUUUUUUUAUUCAAGAGCGGCCAUUAAUAAUUGAAUUAGGUUGUCGAGGGUAGAAGCGAGGUAUACAUAGACACAAACACAUGUUGUUCACUCGUCUCCAAGUUAUGACACAUUGAUGAUAAUAAGUGUGCCAUGGUCGCUCAGCGAAACAGAGGUAAGCGCAGCUGUGUGAUUGAGUCACGGGACCAGCUCUGUAUUGGUGAAGAUUGCGUAUCGGAAGUGUCGAUGGAUAAUUUGGAUAGGCAGCGACGGUGUCUCCUAUGAUUUGUGUUUCUAAGGGUUUGGAAACUUCAUUAGAAAUAAGGUUAGGAUGGUUGAAUUGGGGUAUAGUAAGACUUUGACUUGGACAGCUGAAGAAAUAAAUUUGCAAUAUCCACGCAAAACUUUUGGUAUUCAUUUGUCUCCAGUGGAUGGGGAAUGAGUUUCCAAGUUUACUGGACCUGGGAUCAAAGUCUGAUGAUCAUUAGUUGCGAGAUUAUAGGCUGAUGAUUUUUUGUUUACUCAAAUAAUUCAAAGAUGGUUACCAACUUG